UAGGAGUGAAUUUCAUUCCAUUAUCAUUCUUAUUACUAUUCCGGCACUGUUCUGACCGACACAACCCAAUAUCAAGUAAUCAGCAGUCAUACAGAAUCCGUCAAACUUGUUCCAUUAUUUCCCUCAACCAAACUGGUCUGGUCUGAUUAUGGCUUUGGCAUCAUCAAGUCCAAUCUCCUCAAAAUCCCUCCUCAACCCCACAAAGCCAAUCCCAUCCUCAACCAAUCCCCUCCACCACCGCCCUUCUUCUCUUCCCAACAUCCGAAAACCCAUCUCCGCCGUUCACUCAAAGUCACCGAAAUCAGCGACGAUCCCGCCCCGAUGGACAAUCGACGGCUGGAAAGAGAAGAGGGCCCUCCAGCUGCCGGAGUACCCGGACGCCGCCGAGGUGGAGUCGGUCGUCAAGACUCUGGAGUCUUCCCCGCCGAUCGUCUUCGCCGGAGAGGCCCGAAGCCUCGAGGAGAGGCUCGCGCAGGCCGCCGUCGGGGAGGCGUUCCUGCUCCAGGGCGGCGACUGCGCCGAGAGCUUCAAGGAGUUCCAUGGCAACAAUAUUAGGGACACUUUCCGGGUUCUUCUCCAGAUGGGCGUUGUUCUCAUGUUUGGUGGCCAAAUGCCUGUUGUUAAGGUGGGAAGAAUGGCCGGUCAGUUUGCGAAGCCACGAUCAGAUCCAUUCGAGGAAAAGGAUGGAGUGAAGCUUCCAAGUUAUAGAGGUGACAAUGUGAAUGGUGACGCAUUUGAUGAAAAAUCGAGAGUUCCAGAUCCCCAUCGAAUGAUUAGAGCCUACACCCAAUCUGCUGCAACAUUGAACCUCCUGAGGGCUUUUGCCACUGGAGGUUAUGCAGCCAUGCAGAGAGUCACUCAUUGGAAUCUAGAUUUCACAGACCAUAGUGAGCAAGGGGAUAGGUACCGCGAACUGGCUCACCGGGUUGACGAAGCCCUUGGGUUUAUGGCUGCUGCUGGACUCACUCUCGACCACCCAAUUAUGACCACAACAGAGUUCUGGACAUCUCAUGAGUGCCUGCUUUUGCCUUACGAGCAAGCACUCACUAGAGAGGAUUCUACUUCUGGGCUUUACUAUGACUGUUCUGCUCACAUGGUUUGGGUUGGGGAACGCACCCGUCAACUUGAUGGUUCCCACGUUGAGUUUUUGAGAGGAGUUGCUAAUCCCCUUGGUAUCAAGGCGAGUGAUAAGAUGGACCCGAAUGAACUUGUUAAGCUCAUAGAGAUUCUUAACCCCAAGAACAAACCAGGAAGAAUUACAGUAAUUGUAAGAAUGGGAGCUGAAAAUCUAAGGGUGAAGCUUCCUCAUCUUAUCAGGGCAGUCCGUGGAGCAGGUCAGAUUGUUACUUGGGUUAGCGAUCCCAUGCACGGGAACACUAUCAAAGCUCCUUGUGGACUCAAAACCCGUUCUUUUGAUGCAAUCAGGAAUGAGCUGAGAGCAUUCUUUGACGUGCACGAUCAAGAAGGAAGCUACCCAGGAGGCGUUCAUCUCGAGAUGACAGGGCAAAAUGUGACAGAGUGUGUUGGAGGCUCGAGAACUAUAACUUACAAUGAUCUAAGUUCACGCUACCACACCCAUUGUGACCCGAGACUCAACGCUUCCCAGUCUCUGGAGCUUGCUUUUAAUAUUGCAGAGCGGCUGCGGAAGAGAAGGCUUAGAUCAGGCAACUCUCUGGCCUAAACUGGGUUGUAAGAUGUCAUGGCUUUAGUUUGUUUAUUUAUUUUAGUGCAAGUAAUACCCUCGGGUAGAACUCAUUCCUAAAAGCUAGCUUGUAGGGAGAAGGCGCCCUGGUGGUUAUAAACCCUGGUGGUUAUAAACCCACAUGCUAAGUUCAUACUUUAGUAAUGUGGUACUCAACCAAGAUCCUAUCAUAAACCUUAUAAGUUAUCAUUUGAUAUCUAUCUACAUGUAUAGAGUAGACCAAGUUUCUGUUUGAAAAAGGGUUUUCUGUGCGUUGAGUGUCGGAUAGCUGAACGAAAAGGCGGCCUUUAGUAUUGCUAAAAAAUAAAAGUUGGUGGUUUUGCUGUGUUAUGCAUGCAUUAGAACUAUCCUAUGUAAGAUUAAGAGAGUCUAAGGCGAAGUCUUGUUUUAAAAUCCCUUGUGCAGUUUGUUUACUUCUUUAGCUUCAGGAACUUCACACUAUUUAAUCUUGAAGUUGGAUCUUGUUUAUUGAAA